UCUCCCCCAGCCGCAGGCCGCGGCUGCUCUGCGCAUGUCCACCCAGCCGAGCCUUCUGAGGCCGUCUCCGGGCGGAAACAAACUUUCCCCUGCACGAUGUCAGGACCCUGUGCGUCCCCGGAGCCGGUCAGAAACAGUUUGAUAGAUGAUGCUAAGGCCCGCUUAAAAAAGCAUGAUGUUGGGACCAAAUAUUCUCACUUGUCGUCUAACAAAUAUUCUGUCCUUUUACCAUUGUUGGCAAAAGAAGGAAAACUCCACCUGUUGUUCACCCUCCGGUCAGAGAAGCUAAGAAGGUCACCUGGAGAAGUUUGCUUCCCUGGAGGCAAGUCUGAACCAGCAGAUGUGGAUGAUGUGGCUACAGCUCUCCGGGAAGCCCAGGAGGAAGUAGGGCUGCAUCCUCACCAAGUGGAGGUUGUCUGCUGCCUGGUGCCAUAUCUGCUUGAUGGAACAUGGCAAUGCCUGGAGAUGUUUUUGGGUGUCAGAGCUAGAGGAGGUGCUGUUGGCUGUUUCCCACCUCCUGCUACCCCCCCAGGGCAGGCGAUGGCCCUCCAGGCCCACCCCAGGAGUCGCUCUGCCGUAUGUACUGCCGUUUGCAGUGGCCUCCGGAGACAUUUCUCCUUCUUCUCUGCCCAUGGCCCACGCAUUUCCAGUCACUCUCCUUCACCUCACCCCCUCCGAAGCUUCGACUCCUGGAAACAUGUUGGUGCCUUUCGGUGGCGUGUCCUUUCCUGGGAAUGUUUCUAAGAGCAGCUGGCCUCCUUCCGGGGCCCUGAAGCAGGCCUCGUCCCUGUGGCCACAGCAGAAGCCAAUCUCCACGGGAUUCCAACUCAGCAAGUGGCCGAAGUGCAGUCUUUCCUUGGUCCUACAACGUCUGCCAUGCACCCACCAUCCUUCUUUCCCUCCAAGACAGACACCUGUGUGUUGGGAACUGUGUGUCCAGACAUGCUGCUUCCUCCACAAAUUUCCAGAGUCUCGCUGACUUCUCUAAGCUUGAACCAUGGUGAACGUGCCUGACUUCCCAUCUGAAAUGUUCAGUCCUAAACUAUUAUCUCCCCUAUGGCUUUGAUUUUUUUUUUUUCCUACCAAUUACUUCCUCAGACUCUGAUACGCGAGUCCGAGGGCCAGUACUGACCACACUAAGUUGCUUGUCCACACCCCUGCCUAGCAGUUGGGCCCUUAGAGUGAGGAUGAGUUUGUGCUCGUAGCUCAGCCCUCAGGAAGAGCUUGAAUCCGAGCUGCAGCUGAGACCUCUCCACCUGCGCGAGGCUGAUGUGCCAUCUCUUUGAGAUAUGGCGACGUGUGUCUUCAUAGCCCUUAAGCACUGUGCUCUAGAGUGUGGGCAGCAGGCCGGUGAGUCCUGGUCUCUGCCAAGUAUUACCCGGCCGUGACCUUGAGCAGGUCGCUUCAGGUCUCUGAUUUCCCCUGUUAAAACUCCUUCAGGGUCAGGCUGUUGUGAAGAAGCAGGGAGGGUGCUGGGUACUAGUCCAGGGCCCCAGCGGCUGUGGUUACUUCAUGGUGGCAGCAACCACAAACCGCACGCUGAGCCAACACUGUGGGCUCUGUCUGUCCAGACCCUUUCAUAUUCCUCUUCCUGUGUUUCUGAAAGCUCACACCUGCAGCUUUCCACCCUUCCCUGCUCACAGGGAGCCUGGAGGGCCUGAGAAUGUACUUGGCCAGCCAGCCCUUCACCAGUGACUGUGCUGGGGGGGGCAUGACAGCCCAGCUCUGUGGUGUACUUCACGCCCAGAUGCCCUGCAGGGCCCUCGCCUGCCUUGCUCCCUACCUCAUGCUUUGUCCUGAGAGCACUUCCUUAAGAAAUCACUCGCAUCUGAGUGUGCCCCAUCUCCCAGACACCCAGGGCUCCUGGGGAACCCUGUGGCCAAAGAGGCUGAGCAUUCCCUCAGGGCCAGGCGGUGAUCACAGCUAGUGGAACACUGCUUCUGCCCUGGGGCCGCUUAGGACCCCAGAUUUCCCACCGGAAGGACAGCUAAAGUCUACGCUCCCGUCUUCCACUCCUGGUCCAGAUACUGACUUUCACCAUUAAUUCAGUUAAUGGUCUGAGUCAUCACUGUUCUUAAACAUGCUUCAGCUCUCACUCCCCUGAGAAUUUUCCACAGACCGGUUUAUCCUGCUCUCGUGUCCCAGCCUCAAGGUAUAUCCCUGGCUUUUCCCAGCCACUUUCUCUUGGAAUGUCCCCCAAGAACUCCAGAUUCUUCUUACUUUCCACUUCAAGCUUAUGCAGCUCUUCUCUUAUUAUGCAGCUCCACACUAAACCCCAGGCCUCACCCUGGAGAUUCCCAGCAGGUCUUUCACUUAAUAAUACCCUGCAUUUGGGGCGCCUGGGUGGCUCAGUUGGUUAAGCGACUGCCUUUGGCUCGGGUCAUGAUCCUGGAGUCCCGGCAUCGAGUCCCGCAUCGGGCUCCCUGCUCGGCAGGGAGUCUGCUUCUCCCUCUGACCCUCCUCCCUCUCAUGCUCUCUGUCUCUCAUUCUCUCUCUCUCAAAUAAAUAAAUAAAAUCUUUAAAAAAAUAAAAAAUAAUACCGUGCAUUCAUUUGCAAGCAGUUGUGGUUAUAAAUAGAAAUCCCCCCUCCCUUAUAAAUAUCUGUUAUGUAAAAUAGUUCAUAUAUAAUUAUAAAUGCAAUUUCCCAUAACUGGGUAUAUGCCACAGUUAAUAUGUCAUUUUUCUAUCGAUAAGAUGGCACAUCCUUGUCUGUACUGACAGGGAAUGGUGUCUUAUCACAUUCAUUUUGAGGGCUGCAGAGUAUCCCAUUACACAGAUACACUCAUAAUUGACCUACCCUGAAUGUCCAUCAGUGGAGGAGUGAUAACUCUAUUUUGGGGCUAUUGCAAAUAAUGCUUCAGUCCAGGGGUGCCUGGGUGGCCCAGUCGAUUAAGUGUCUGCCUUUCAGCUCAGGUCAUGAUCCCAGCAUUCUGGGAUCAAGCCCCGUAUUUGGUUCCCUGCUUAGAGGACAGCCUGCUUCUCCCUCUCCCUCUGUUGCUGCCCCUAUUUGUGCGCGCUCUCUCUCUCUCAGAUAAAUAAAUCUUUAAAAAAAAUGCUUCGGUCUUGUAUCUUUUCUCACUGGUAGGAAUUUAUCAUACAGAUAUAUUUAUGCAAAUGCAGUUGCUAGGUCAAAGGGACCACAUUUUUAUAACAUUGCCAGAUUGCCCUUCCAAAAGAUUAUACCAGUAUGUUCACAAAAGAUACAUUUUCAGAGUCAUCUCACAAACACUGGCUCAGGUAGGGGUGAGACUACCCCCAUUUCACAGGGGACAUGACUGUUCAUGUCUGGAGCAAAUUCUUCCUCCUUCCCUACCCACCUUAUAUCAUUGCCUGCUUUGGACUCUUUUCUUAAUUUGUGUAUUUUGUUUUCUG